CGCUGUCAAGGAAAGUUAAUGAUGUGAAGCAAAACUUCACCGAUUUUUUAUACCUUUUUUUUCAACGCGAUUUUAACAGUUUUCUACAUUUAAAGUGCCUUCUCUUGAGAAAAAAAUGACUCGUGAAACUAUGGAGAAACUACGAUCGAGAGGAUCUGACUGUAGUUUCAACCAGUUCCUGACAAUUUGGGGUUACAUGUGCUUCUUGUUGAGCCUCUGUGACUCAUACAAUCUGGAUGUGGACAACUCUUUGAGUUUCCGUGGACCUAAUGGAUCUCUGUUCGGAUACUCUGUUCUUUUGCAUGAACAUAAACAGGAAAGAUGGUUGGUAGCUGGGGCACCAGUUGAUGAUUCUGUCUCUGAGUCCUCAAUGAAAAAAACAGGAGCGAUCUAUAAAUGCAGCAUUUCAGACAGGACCUGCCAACGACUUCACCUCGCUGUGCAGGCGUGCGGGAGGACCUGUACUCCAGAGCAUGAUAACCAGUGGCUUGGUGUGAGUUUGGCCAGGCAGCCUGGCCAAGGACGUGUGUUGGCCUGCGGACAUCGCUGGAAGAACGUGUAUUACGCUGAGAGCCAGAACAAGCUGCCCCAUGGCGUCUGCUUCAGACUGGACUCUGAUUUGGCUCAGUCCAGUCAGCUGAUCCCCUGUUACAGAGAUCAUCAGCGGAAAUUUGGUGAAAGUUAUGGCUCGUGUCAAGCUGGAAUAUCCACUUUUCUUACUGAGGACCUGAUAAUAAUGGGAGCGCCUGGUACCACAUACUGGACCGGCUCAGUUCUGGUGUAUAACACAUCCAGCAAUGUUCUGGCGGCCUAUAUUAACGAUGAAGACAUGGUGCAGGUCGGCAGUUAUUUAGGCUAUUCUGUUAGCGCUGGCCACUUCCACAGUCCUCACAGCACAGAGAUCGUGGGCGGGGCACCCCAGGAUGACCAGACUGGAAAGGCAUACAUAUUCACGGUUGAAGGCAACACUCUUCAAAUCAUCAAAGAGACAAAAGGAAAGAUGCUGGGCUCCUACUUUGGGGCCAGUGUCUGCGCUGUGGAUCUGAAUGCUGACGGCUGGUCGGACCUGUUAGUGGGCUCUCCCAUGUAUAGCAUAGCGAGGGAAGAAGGCCGAGUGUAUGUUUAUAUCAACCAGGGAGAGGCAGAUAUGAAAGAAGCGGAGUUUGAAUUGACGGGCAGUAACCUGUAUGCGGCGCGGUUUGGAGAAGCCAUAAUGAACCUUGGUGAUAUUGAUGACGAUGGAUUUCCAGAUGUUGCUAUAGGAGCCCCUCAGGAGGAGGAACUAGUGGGAGCUAUAUAUAUCUACAAUGGAAGGAAGAACGGCAUUGCACAGACCUUCUCUCAAAGGAUAACUGGGACCAUGUUGGGCAAUGACCUCAAGAUGUUUGGCCAGUCUGUGUCUGGAGGAAUUGAUGUUGAUGGCAACAGUUACCCAGAUGUGGCUGUAGGCGCCUUCCUGUCCAACUCAGCCGUUAUACUGCGAACGCGGCCUGUGCUGAGGGUGGAGGCGUACAUGUUGCUGCCGCCCAGUGUGAAUCGCUCCAUCACCCUUUGUGCAGAAAAUGGCCAGCCCACCGUGUGCCUCAAUGUCACCGUGUGCUUCAAGGUCAAGGGCAAACACGUCCCAGGACUCAUAGAGCUGCGGUACAACCUGACAGCAGACGUCCAAAGCAAAGAGAGCUUCUCCUCCCGCUUCUACUUCAGUGGAAAUGGAACAUCCAACGUAACGACCGGGCGAGUCAAAGCAAAGCACGAAAAACUCAUCUGUGCCACACACCAAGCCUUCAUGAGGAGAGAUGUCCGAAAUCUCUUCACCCCCAUACGUUUUGGGGUGCAGUAUGAGCUGGGCGACCACAGCGUGGCCAGAACUGGCACCAAGGCCCUCCGCCCCCUCACACCUGUCCUGCAGCAGAGAGACGGACACAGCACCCUCGUCACCAAUACGACUGUCUUUGCUCGGUAUUGUGCAUGGGAAAACUGUUCGACUAACUUGCAAGUGUCUGCAGUGUUGGUGUUACCAUGGUCUCAUGGGAACAUGAAAUAUUUUGCUCUGGGGAGUGGAAAGACCAUCAUGUUGAACACGACUCUGGUUAACGCAGGAGACGAUGCCUUUCUGCCCAAACUUCAUCUGCGCUUCCCAAACAACCUGCACUUCAUUAAAGUCUUAGAUGCCGAGGAGAAAUAUGUCAGCUGUGAAGUAACUGAGGAAAAUGACAUGACCACUGAAGUAGACUGCAGUGUGGGCAAUUUAUAUAUCGCCUCUCUGUCAAAGGUUAACGUAAGCUUUUUAUUGGAUGUGGACCAGAGCAGCAGUGCGGGGGACAUUAGCAUUAGCAUUAAUGCUACAAGAGAGAAUUAUGAGAAUGAGGACCUGCUCUAUGACAAUGUGCUCUCUCUGACGAUGCCCCUCAAAUACGGUGUUGGGCUGAGUGUUCACGGAUUUACCACUCCAUCAACAUUUAUGUUUGGAGAACCAGAGCCCGCCCUAGUCGACUGUCACCCCGAAAAGCUGAAUUUUACAUAUAAGGUCAUGAAUAUUGGGCCAAGUAAAGCUCUGAAUGCUAAGGCAGAGAUUCGCUUUCCUCAUGUCUUGGUACCGUCCCAAACCGUCUUCCUCGAAGUCACAAAUGUGCAGUCAACUCACGGACAUUGUAACAUGAAAAACCACACAGAGUUGCCCGAUGAGGAAUGUCAUGGCACAGAAUUUUCCUUCAUGGAUGAACUUUUCUUUUUCGUUUCAAAAAGCACCAAGCGCAUUAUGUACUGUGACCGUGAAAACCGUUUCUGCGCAGUGAUGGAGUGCAGCUUUGGGAAUUUGGACUCUGGGAAAGAGGUUACGGUUCACGUGGAGGUGGAGCUAAACCCGGCCGCUCUCUGGAGAUUUCGGGGGAGACAUGACACCAUGUUGCUGGAGAGUUAUAUAUCCAUCACAAGCCCCAAGAAUGACUCGCACACCGUUCUGAUCCAGGAGGACCUGUCUGCCACAUUCAUCUUAGAGGCCCAGUAUAAGAAGGAGCUUCAUCCGUCCGUGGGGAUUUUCAUCAUCGUCAUGAGUUCAUUAAUGGGCCUCAUCAUUUUGAUCAUGAUUGUCGUGGCCCUGUGGAAGUGCGGGUUCUUUAAGAGAAAGAAGGAGGACAGCUGGGACUAUGUGCCUAAAUAAGAGACCUGAGCGGAUUGUUGAGUGGCCUGCCACUCUGUGGACUGAUUUCUGAAGUCUGCAGAGAGCAGAGGAGUGGAAGGGAGGGAAGAGGAGACUCUGACAGUGGCCUGCACGGGAAGCGGCGGAGAGGAGUGCUAAAACGACGUGAACUGUAACAGUAAAGGAAAUGUCAAAACAACGUGCGAGCAAAGACACCCGUCUCAGACCAUCCUGAGGCUGUUUGUUAGGGCCCUCUCUGACUGCAGGACAAACCACAUGCACUUUAGCCGUGCAGUGGAGGAGUGGAGAAACGUGUGUGUCUUGCGCUGGUCUAAGCCGCUCUGCUGUGUGACCCUCAGAACGAACUUCCCCAGCAGAACAGGAGACUGAACAGAAUACUUUGACCUUACAACGCUCAACUAUCAGGAAGCUCUAGCCUGCUUACUGUACAAGAGCAUUGCACUGUUUUUCCAAACA